AGGAGCGUUCUUCCCACCCUCUCUCUCUCCGCUCGGAAAGGCCGCAGAGGAGCCUUGCGCGGGUGCUGUCGCGAGAAACGCGUCACCGUCACGUUUGCUCGGCGCGUUUCUCUUCCCUUCCUCCUUUUACCUCAGCCAGGAGCGCCAGAAAGACCGUCUUCCUUUCUUCGCUGCCGUCAUGCCGAAGAAUAAAGGUAAGGGAGGUAAAAACAGAAGAAGAGGCAAGAAUGAGAAUGAAUCUGAAAAAAGAGAGCUGGUGUUCAAAGAAGAUGGACAAGAGUAUGCCCAAGUUAUCAAGAUGUUGGGAAAUGGACGACUGGAGGCAUUAUGUUUUGAUGGUGUAAAGAGGUUAUGUCAUAUCAGAGGAAAGUUGAGGAAAAAGGUUUGGAUAAAUACGUCAGAUAUCAUAUUGGUGGGUUUAAGAGACUACCAGGAUAACAAGGCUGAUGUUAUUCUAAAAUACAAUGCAGAUGAAGCCAGAAGUCUGAAGGCAUAUGGAGAACUUCCAGAGCAUGCUAAAAUUAAUGAAACUGACACAUUUGGACCUGGUGACGAUGAUGAAAUCCAGUUUGAUGAUAUUGGAGAUGAUGAUGAAGAUAUUGAUGAUAUCUAAACAGAACUGGGAGGUAUACAUUCCAACUUUCCACCUCAAGAAUUAUUUUGUUUCAAGUCCCUAUCCUUAAGAAGACUGAAACUGCAUAACAGUUGUAGUUACAGGAAACCUACCUAUUGCCCAGUGUUUAAGUAUUUAUAUUUCUUUAAGAAACAGAUAAUGUUGGACUUGCAAAUGAAAUAUUACAGCUAUUUUUGUCUCUCUACCAAUUAGACUUUUACAUCUGAGUGUAAAUAUACUUACUAUGAGCUCCCAUGUUUGCUUCAUCUGUUUUUGCCACUAAAUUUCAGUAAAGCUGUGUUCUCAAAUAAAAAAAAUUGCUGAAUUAUGAAUUAUGUAUUUUGAUUAAAUAGCCAGUUCAGGUUAGUGUUUACCUGCCAGUGCAGUGUCAUUUCCUAUUAUCCCUUAAACUUGAAGUCAACUUGUAAGAUUUUGAUAAUAGCAAAGGGUCAUUAAAGUUCAUAAUGCCUGGAUAUGCUUUUUAAGUUUAGGUGCAUGUUACUUUUAUACUGGUUUUGAUAUUAAAUUUCCUCUCUUUCACAGAUAAACUCGCCAUAGUGGAGAGAGAAUAAAUUUUAAAAAUUAUGUAUGUUUGAACUGCUAUUCUGUAUUUGGUAGUGGUAAUGCUGAAGUUAAACACUGGGUGGCACCAAAUUUAAGUUAUUCAUUGAUUUGGAAAACUUGCACUGUUCUCUUGUAAUUAAACAUUUUGAAAGGUUAGGGUUGCCCUUGCAAGAAUAAAUGCUGAACAGUUAUGUUGAUACAAACUUAAAAUAUUUUUACAUUACAAAAAAUUCUUAUGUUAGAGAGUAAAGUUUUAUUUUGAACUUAAAUUCCACAAAUUAUAAGGUACAACUGGAGAGACUUUUAGUACAGUCUGAUUUGGAGUAUUUAAGACAUUACUGUGAAAUUUUAAAAAUCUCUAUCACUAAUUAACAAGCAGAUCAACUAAAGGAAUGAGCUUUUCCAGCUUGAGUGGGAGUGGUGCACCUAAGAAGUUCAAUAAAGACUAACAUGGUCAUAUAAAAAUUUACAA